UUCAUGUGUGCACUGACCAUUCAUAUCCAUCACGUCCACUGAAGAGAAAGCGUAGACCGCUUGGCUCCGCCCCGCUGCUGACGCGUCUGUCCCGUCACAUCGGCACGUGAAAGCAGCAGCAGCAGAAGAAAGUCCAGUCCAGAGAGGAGCGGAGAAAAGAAAAGUUCCAUUUCCUCGCGUCAGACUGUGAGGAAAAUGGCGAGUGUGUUGUGAACGGAGUAUACUGGCACAGUGAGCCGUGGAAACGAUGCGCCAACUUCUCAAACGCUUCCUCCAUAUUGUCCCUACCGUGGACUGUACGCGAGACCUGCCGAAGGAACUCAAAACAGCUUUCUUUCAUCGACCAGAGAACCGCUUCACAUACACUCGGAUCGGAUAAAGAUCGCGAUCAAUACCAGCGAGAGAUGUUUACCUCGCGCUUAACGGGACAACGGCCACCGUCGGGUCGCGCGGCGCGCACACGAUCGCACUUUGCAGAUGUGAGAUAAUCACGACCGCUCGAGGAGACCGUGCAUGCGAGAUCAGCUGUAUGAUGAUGGCCCUCAGGUCCAGAAGACCGUGGCUCAGCGUGAUCGUGGGGGUGCUUUUGGGCUUCACGACCGCGUCGUGGCUGCUCGUGCCCAGAGUCGUGGAGAUGAGCGCGAGGAACAGAAGAUCCUCCUCAGCGUGUCCGUACUACAGUAAAGUCAGGAGUAAAGUUUCAUUUAGUGACGUCAGACAGCAGCGGGACGGCGAUGAAGGUGAAGAGGAGCUAAACGCACGUGCACCUCCGGCUCAAAACUUUCUGUAUGUGGGGGUCAUGACGGCUCAGAAGUAUCUGACCUCCAGAGUCGUGGCCGCCCACCGGACCUGGAGCUCCAGCACACCGGGCAGGGUGGAGUUCUUCUCCAGCGAGGGCUCCGAGAAGGUGGUGCUGCCCUCUCCGGUGCCCGUCAUCUCACUGUCAGGCGUGGAUGAUUCAUAUCCGCCACAGAAGAAGUCUUUCAUGAUGCUGAAGUACAUGCACGACCAUUACCUGCAUCAGUACGAGUGGUUCAUGAGAGCUGAUGAUGACGUCUACAUACAGGGUGAGAAGCUGGAGUCAUUCCUGCGCUCUCUGAACAGCAGUAAAGCGCUCUAUCUGGGUCAGACGGGUUUGGGUACCACAGAGGAACUGGGUAAACUGGCCCUGGAGCCCGGAGAGAACUUCUGUAUGGGUGGUCCGGGGAUGAUCUUCAGUCGUGAAGUUCUCCGCAGGAUGGUGCCACACAUCGGUGUGUGUCUCAGAGAGAUGUACACCACACAUGAAGAUGUGGAGAUCGGACGCUGCGUCAGGCGUUUUGGAGGGACUCAGUGCGUCUGGUCAUACGAGAUGCAGCAGUUGUUUUAUGAAAAUUAUGAACACAACAAGAAAGGUUUUAUUCAAGAGCUGCACAGCAGCAAAAUCCACAAAGCCAUCACGCUUCACCCCAACAAGCAUCCGGCCUAUCAGUACCGGCUCCACAGCUACCUGCUCAGCCACAAGAUCUCUGAGCUGCGUCACCGCACCAUUCAGCUGCACCGCGACAGUGUCACCAUGAGCCGCCUCGCCAACACUGAAGUUCAGUGGGAGGACCAGCUGCUGGGGGGGCCGCCAUCCUACACACGCUACCGGCCCUCCGACCGUAGAGAUGUCAUCGAGUGGGAAUUUUUGACAGGUAGGUACCUGUACUCCACCGGUGAGAUGCAAAUGCCCCGUCAGGGCCUUGGAAUCCUGAUCCGCACUGCGCUGGAAGACACUGUGCUUCAAGUGAUGGAAAUGAUCAAUGAGAACUCCAAAGCUCGAGGGCGAGUCAUCGACUUUAAGGAGAUCCAGUAUGGCUAUAGGCGGGUGGAUCCACUUCAUGGCGCUGAAUACAUCCUGGACCUUCUGUUGCUUUACAAGAAGCACAAGGGCAGGAAGGUGACGGUGCCAGUUCGGAGACAUGCUUACCUACAACAGUCCUUCAGUCGUCCUUUCCUCAGCGAGGUGGAGGAACUGAAUGUUGGCGAGCUAGAAGACGUCAUCAACAGUGAAUCUCAUUCCCUUUCCUUUCUCUCUAGUUCACUCAAGAUCUUCUCUUCCUUCCAGAUCUCAGAAUCCACAAAAGAGAUGCACAGGCGAAGUCAAAAAAAGGUCCACUUUCUUGUACCUCUCACUGGACGCUAUGAAAUAUUUGUGCGUUUUAUGGAAAACUUUGAGCAAAUCUGCCUCAUCCCAAAUCAACAUGUCAAACUGAUCGUAAUCCUGUUUGAUAAUGAUGCAAACCAGGAUAAAGAGAGACACCUGGAACUGCUAAAGGAAUACCACAACAAAUAUCCUAAAGCAGAUCUGUCCUUCAUUCCCAUGACCGGAGACUUCUCUCGAGGUUUGGCUCUUGAAAUGGGCUCUUCACAGCUGAGGAACAACUCACUGCUGUUCUUCUGUGAUGUGGAUCUGGUCUUCAAUACUGACGCCCUGCAGAGAUGUCGAGACAACACUAUUGAAGGAAGUCAGGUGUACUUCCCCGUUGUUUUCAGUCAGUAUGAUCCCAAAGUCGUCUAUUCUGGUGAACCUCCGGAUGAAAGCAACUUUAUUUUUACGAAGAAGAGUGGAUUCUGGCGGGAUUAUGGGUUUGGUAUCAGCUGUAUAUUUAAAAGCGAUCUGCUCAAAUCUGGAGGCUUUGACACGUCAAUACAAGGCUGGGGUUUGGAAGAUGUUGAUUUGUUUACUAAAGUCAUUCAUUCUGGUUUGAAAGUCUUUCGCUCUCAAGAAGCAGGUAUUGUUCAUAUUUAUCACCCUGUCCACUGUGACUCACAUUUAGAACCCAAGCAAUACAAAAUGUGCCUCGGCUCCAAAGCCAGCACGUAUGCCUCUACAAUGCAGAUGGCAGAAGUGUGGUUGUCGAAACAUUUAGGUGUCGGGUAUAACAGAACUUCGUCCUGAUGUUCCAAACAAUCCAUCAGCAUAAUAAUAGUUUACAUCACUUCUGCACGUGAGCGAACUGUACUGAACUCACUGUAUGUGUGCGAGUGUUUGAAGAUGAAGAUGCUAUAAUGUUACCAUGUCAAAUUUGGAGCCUCUAACUCAAACCCUGUAGCACCACCAACAGUCCAAAGUUUCACACACAUUUCUGCCCAUAACUUUUGAACCGAAAAUUCAAAACGCAUUUGAUGCUGCAUCUGAGGUUUCGCAUUAUGGUUUGCCCAGUUUAGCGAUUUAGUGCUUAAAAACAAUCAUGAAUAACUUCGCAACCAUUACUCUGAUGGAGACGAAACCACCAUAGGGAACACCCAUCCUUAGCCGGUUUACUGUAUAUCACAGGCCAAAUGUAAAAAAUGUCAUUGUAAGUGGCCAAAAAUGCAAAAAAAUUUGAUAAGGGUAAAUUUGUAUGCUUUUGUGAGUAUAUAUGCUUAUAACGUCUUAACGAAAUGAGAUAUUUUUACCAUGUUUGAUAAAAUGAUUUAUGGGCACAGUUUGAGGACACACAAAAAGGGUGGUGGGACUGCACCACUUGGUGGCCUUAUAAUGAAGCAAAAGGUUAAAUUGUCUCUAACUACAGUACCGUUGGUCUGCUUGACUUCAAAAUUGGCAUGCUGUGUCGUUGUCUCAGUUGCUAUCAAUAUUAAAUCACUGUCAUGACCUGAGAGUACAUGCACAGUUUUGUCACAAUGCCACCUACUAGUGCAAAGAUAUGAAGUUAGGCCUUUCUGCUUAUAACAUUGUUAUACCUAUGUGCAUGUCUCUUUUUUGUGCAUCACUACGAAAAUUGUUAUGGUUCAUCAAGACUACAUUUUAGAAGAGCAUAUACAGUUUUAAAAUAUAGAAAUAUAUAGAAAUAUAAGAAAAUGUUUAUAACAUGCUUAUAAAUGCCAUUAACAUCUUCCACAUAUGCUCUAUGUUCCAAACAAAGAAAGUCAUAUGGGUUUGAAAUAACAUGAGGGUGAGACACAAUUUUCAUUUCAUUGUCGCUAUAAUUGUCUUGAAAAUGAUGUUACGAUGUGUAAAAAAUGAUUAUAAAAUAGGCUAUGAAAUAUUUUCUUUAGGUUUUGCAUUAUUAUUAUUUUUUAAUAUGACCAUAAGAUAUCAUUUUCAGGUACAUACUCAUCCAAUCACACAAGUAAAUUUCCAGGUACAGGUCAAUUCCUUUGGUGUAACUUCACACAGCUGUUUCUCUUUGUCAUUUCAUUUAUUUCUACAUCCUCAAAAGAUUAUUUAUUACACAGAUCUGAGCUGACAGUCACUUUAAAGCUCAUGUGUACUGUAUUUGGAACUACUACUUUAAAAGAUGACAACAUUAUCUACCAAAUACUGUUUAUUACCUCAGGAGUCCUUUUGAACAGAGUGUUUUUUAUGUGAUGAAAAUAAAAACACAUUGUCACAUUGCAA